AGGCUGUAGGCUUCGUUUUGGGUUAACGGUUACAGUUUUUUUUAGAGAAAAGCGGUGACAAGGGCUGGAAGGCAUGAUGAAACGACAGCUCAAUCGAGCUUCGACGCUUCCAGCGAACAAAAUUGUACCACCUGUCGCUCGACGACCUCCACAGCGUUCCACGACACAGGCAAACAUGGGCUCUGUUGAUGAGAAUGGAGGGGCUUCUGCAACUGCCUCUGUGGUAGUUGUGGCCAGAAUUCGGCCCAAGUUGCCAAAAGAAGAUAAGGAACCAGACGGUGUGGAGGUCUACUCUGAUGCGCAGACCUUGUCGAUCUUCAACAACGGGCGUGAGAAGAAGCAGUACACCUUGGACCAGGUCUUCGAUUCGCGUUGGCGAAUGCAGACUGCACGAUCAGCGCGGUCGAACGACAGCUUGGAGAAGAGUCCUCGACCAUCAGCUGCAGAGCAACGCAAAGCAGAAGCUGCGGAGUCACAGGCGAAGUUCUUCAAUGAUUUCGGACGCAAUUUGGUCACUCACUCAUUGAAAGGCUACAAUGUUUGUGUGUUUGCUUACGGGCACACCGGUUCUGGAAAGACCUACACCAUGCUGGGUGAUGCUGCUGGAUCUGGACGUGGAGCUGCUGCAGGGUUGUUGCCCCGUUUCCUCAUCGAACUUUUUCAGGAGCACGAGGAUGCGCCACGACCUGACACCUGGCGCUGCAGCUGUGAAUUCUUCGAGGUGUACAAUGAGCAGAUCAGAGAUUUGCUUCAACCCAAUGCCCAAGUGCAGAAACCCAAGAGAGUCCACUGCCACCCCAAGCACGGUGCGCGCAUUGAAGGUUUGACCAUGUCUGUCGUAAGCUCCGCGGAAGAAGUCAUGGAGCUUUUGCACUUUGGGAAUCAAAUGCGUACGGUGGCAGCGACCACAAUGAAUUCUCGCUCUUCUCGCAGUCACGCCUUCUUCAACUUUAAGUAUGAACAGAUUGGCGAAGAGCCACCUGAACAACCAGGACCUCCACCUCCUCCGCAAGCACGGGGGAAAGAACGCCGCGUGACCAUCGCUGCACCAGAUCCUCCUGGGGGUGGUUCUUGCAUGAGUGCUGUCACUUUUGUCGACCUCGCCGGACGCGAAGAACGUGAACGGUUGGGGAACCAUCCGGGCGCGAUGCAGUACAAGGAGAUGUGCUUCAUCAACACCUCUUUGUUCCACUUGGCGCACCUCAUUACCAAAAUCUCUCAAGGUGGGCUGUCCAACAACAACUUGUCGGAUUUCAGGAACUCCAAGGUGACGAUGCUGCUGUCACAGGCCCUGCAAGGCAACUCACGAACGGCAGUAGUGGCCACGUUGUCGCCAUGCCAGUCAGCCUUUGAGGAUUCUAUGUCGACGCUGAAUUUCGCAGCCUCUGCAAAGAAGAUCCAGACGAAGCCAGUGGUGAAUUCCAAAUCGGCCACGGAGAAGCUUGCAGAGUUGGAAAAUGAAGUCCACAGCCUACAGGUUGAGUUGGCACAGAGCAAGACCAGCAACACAGAGAAGGAGCAAGAGCUAUUGUCCGCACAAGCCUGGAUCAACUAUUACAAGCGCUCCUGGGAAGAGGCUUGCGCACGUUCUGAGCAAACCCAGAAAGCAAGGACCCGGAGUGCCAAGCGGCUAGGACUGACGCAGAGUGGAAGGACCGGAUCAGUGGCUUCACUUUUUGCAGCCACUAAAUCAAUGAAGUCGGAGGUAAGCGAAGCAGAUGAGGAAGAAGAGCAGCUUUACCCAUUCCUCACGAAACUUUGCGAUGACCCAGCCUUGCAAGGCUGCUGCAACUUUCCACUGGACCAGGAACAGGUGCAAAUUGGGAGCUGCGAGGGAAAUUGCGACAUAGUGCUCAUGGGUGUGGGCAUUACGUCUGAGAUGUGUUCAGUGCAUUGCGAAAAAGGUGAAGUAUCAGUGGAGGCUUUGAAGGAGGAAGGCGGCAGCACUGUUCGUGUUCUCCUGAAUGGCAAGAUGCUCCAGCCAGACGAGCCUGAGAAAAUGAAGCAUGGUGACUGUUUGAUCCUUGGCUAUUCGCAUGCCUUCCGUUUGGUGGAGCCAACACCCGAAAGAGUGAAACAAGCCGGAUCAUCGGAGUAUCUGCAAGUGGCGCGCAGCACCGUUCCAAAGCUGGACGUUUCUUCUGCAUUCGAGGAGGCUGUUUGUGUGGAAGGCAAGCAGUUGGAGGACUCUGGAGACAAGGUGAGUGCCUUCUCCUUCAUCAACAAUCUCAGCAACCGAGCCUCAGCAAGCACUGUCAAGAGCUUCUUGAGCGCCCUGCACCAUGUGCAUCCUUUGGUGGAAGAAGCGAACGUCAUCACUAGAGAGGUCUUUGGCAACGCCGAAUUGCACCUGGAGAUUCACACUCUCACGGACGUCCUGGACUUCCAAAAUGAUGCGCCAGAGAUUGUGAUUUGCUGCCUUGAGAAGCCCUCCCCACUUUCGCGAUUUCAGCAGACUGUCAACACGGUUCAGCAAUGCUUGCGGGACCCGAAUGCACCAACAUCUUCCCAAGAUUUGGCUGACAAGCGUUGGAUGUUGGGAAAGGCCAAGCAUCCCUUAGCCCACGCCAUGGGCCUUGACGAGCACAUGUCGAUUCGAGGGCAUGGCCACUUGCUGUCGAUCUUCUCUUUGGAAGACUUCUUGCAACGCCUCAGUGAAAUCAGAGACAUCUAUCAGGAAGCCUGUGAAACCGGCGAAGGCUUUGAAGCAAUGCGAUCCAAUUUGGCUGCACAUCCUUUCCAAAACCCUUGGCACCAGAGCAGCUUCACCCACACGAAAGUGUUGGCUGAUGAAGCUGCAUCGAUCAGGACCAGUCCCUUGCUGAGAUGGCUGCUGCGAAGUCCGCCAAAAGCACCCAUCCAGCAAGCUCCACCUCCAGGUGCCAGUCUUGGAACUACGAUUGCACAGGCUCCAGUGAAAGAAUUGCAACGAAGGCCAUCGAUUGCAGAGUCGGUGCAGUCUGCUAACAGUUCUGGCCACCUCUUUCCCGUUGACAUUCGCGCAAGUCAGGACAAGGACAAGCAGUCUCCGACCCCUCGCACUGGACAGACCACCAACAUCUUUGAGGUGGACAACAGCCCUAUUCCAAGUCUCGGCUCCUACUUGAAAGCGCUCCUCACGGACACGUCCAGUGCGGAUAUUUUGCUGGCAGUGAUGGAGCCGGGCGAAGGCCAAGAAUCCACCUUGGUUCAUGCUCACAGUAUUGUUCUGUCCCGGCUUCCAUUCUUCCAUCGAUUGAUUGCAGACCACAAGGCAAUGGGAAAGUCUCCCAUCAUCGUUCCGCAUGCCCUGUCCGUGUGCAUUUUGCGCCAGCUCUUGGUCUAUGCAUACACGGAUAGUGCCAAGGAAGCAACUGCCAAUCUUUCGCCCAACAUGCUUCGACAGCUCCAGAAGGCUGCCUCCAACUGCAGCAUGCCGGAACUCUGCAAGGCAUGCAUGAACAAGUUGAGUGGCACAGAGUCUGCUUCCGAGAGCUCUUCAGCCAAAGCACCAGGAGGCCCCUCCAGUCCAGGUGUUCGCCGUCGCAUCUCCAGGGGCUCGUCUCAACAGAAGGUUCGGGAAAUAUCUGGUCGGGAUCUUCCAGUACUUCUGAGCAAAAAGUCAUCUCUCAGCGACAGCUCGCAAGGAGGAAGCUUGAAGUUGAGGCAGCAACUUCGUGACAGCAAGCAGUUGGAAGCAAAGGUUGCAGAAGGCAAAGGUGCUUCAGAUGCUGGAAGUUCUCGUCAAAUGUUCUGCAUGGAGUCCGGUUCAAGCAUGAGCUCAUCACCCUUGGAGGGAAGGGAUGGCGAUCAGAUCACACGUCAGCACAGCGCGGUUCGUCUCAGCUCGGGCAGCCUGCGUGCCUUUGCAGAAGAAAUGGCGGAACUUCGACGCCUCUUGUUGGCACAUCCACGAGCUCAAGGACAAGAGAUUCCCAAGCGCGCCACAGACUUGCUGGAGGAUUUGCAAUCAAGCAUGAUGGAGACGAUUCGCUCAGAAUUCAGGGGCUGCCUUAAGGAGGCUGGGGACAAGAUAGGUCAAGGUGACUCCGCUUCGCUCACCUCUUUGGCAUCUGGCAUCACUUCUCAAAUCCACCACCUGCGGGAUGAUUUGAUUUGCAUGCUCAACAGCGAUGGGAGUGCCCGUGCUGCUUCUCGAAGCCCAGUUCGUGUUCGAGACGAGUCUCCAGUGCCCUCCAUGCCUAUUCAGCCAGUGCCUUUGGCUCGCGUCACGAGCCCACCUUCUGGCUUCAGCACUGAGCCUGUGGUGCGGACAACUCCGCCUCCCUUUGAUCAUCGUGCAGCUACACCACCCUUGGGCAGCCCCCUGUUAGUGGCAACCCCUGGCGCUCCAAAGAUUGCUGGCGCUGUUGGCGCUCAACCUUUGCAGCGGCAGCGACUUGUGAUUCAUGCUUCAACUGGCCAACUUCCUCGACCAGCGACCCGUUCUCCUUCGCCGAACUCCAGUUGCUGUAUGGUGCCUGCCUAUGCAGGAAGGACAGAGACAAGGUCUGUCUCUCCCAUUCCAGGCGGUUCAUAUUGGCAGAUGAAUGCUCCAAGCAGACCAGGAUGGGGCACGGCGCCGGGGCCUGUAUCAGUGAGAUUCAACCGUCCACGCAUGAACCACAUGGGGUCAUCUGGAACCUCUUCAACUCUCACAACCAAUCGCUCCUGGCAAAAUCUUCAGGAACCCGUCACCGCCAAUCCCGUCGCCAUCAGUCACGUCACGGUCCCCAAGCAGCCCACCAGUACCACUUCGGUGACGACACACGCAGAGCAAGUUGAUCCUUCAAAGGCUGUGGGCGAGAAGGCUCCGGUGGAGACCCUGCGCUUGUAAGAAAGAGAAGCAUGCAUUUAGCGGUCGCCAAGAACGCUGACAUUCAUUUAACCCUGCGCUUCAAGCGCAGGGAUCUGCAGUAGGGCUCAGUAGGGUUACAUUUAAAGCCAAGAAGGCUUGUGAGGU